AUGCUAUUCUUCUAUUUCUUUAUUCUAAUUUUCAAAUAUAUAGUUGAUCUCCACAUUCAAGGUUGCACACAAGAGCAUGCAAAGGAAACCUUACAAAAAACUAUUAACUUGAGAGCAACUUCUUCAUUUUCUCAAGCUUUUGCUAUACUAUUCUAUUAGAUUUUCCUGGAUCAUAAGCUACCUAUUAGAAGUGCUUUGCAAAGACAAGCCUAAAUAGAUCCAAAUGAAGAUCAAGAGACUUAAGAGGGAUAGCAAUGUCUUGGAAACAAGCUUCAAGAAAAGGAGGGUACCUAGAAGACAAUGAUAUUUCUGCUUAAAGGAGUAGAAAGAUUAUUUGAGGAUGAUGUAAAAAAUGAAAACUAUACUUUCAAAGUAGUUUAUAACCAGCUGAAGCUUUUUAUCUUUAAAUCAAGGUUUUUCCAAGACUCAGCAGCAUGUCAAAAACUAUUCGAAGAGUUCAUGAUGGUUUUCUGCAAGUAUUUCCUCUACUACUAUGAAGAUAGCUUUGAUAGUAAUAUAGAAACUUCUCGAUAGAACUACAUAUAAAAUCAGGAUUGUCAUUUGUUUGAAAAGAUCCUUAAGGAUAUUUACAAGUUAUCAGAUAUAUACCAAAAAUUCUAUGAGCAUACACUUACUGAGGAAGAGAGGGCACAAAAAGAGAUUGAGUACAGUUAUAUAAUGCUGCAUAUCUAUCGCAAUCAUAACUCGUAGUACUUUGAUGAUGAACUCAGCUCUCAAUCAUCAGGCGUGGAGGAUGAAUUGGAUUAAACUGUUUUAACUAAUAAUCAAAAUUAGGAAAAUGACUAAGAUGAGCAGGAUGAGAUUAGUUCGUUAUAAAACAAUAAAAAAGACAAUAAUACGGAUGAUAUCAAAAGAAAAGAGCUCAGAUUCUAGUCGAGAAUCAUUUUUAUUGAUAUACUUAUUAGUGAGACGCUUAAACUCAUGAGAUUUAUGCAAUAGUCUGAUUCUUUACUAAAAAUUAUGAAGAAAUUUAUUUUACUAAAAGAUUUACCCUAUAUGAGCAAAGUCACAUAAAAUAAGAUCCUAAACACCUUUAAUGAUUUUUCUCAUCCAGGUGGUCCAUAUUUCUCCCCAAGGUUAAUUAGAUAAUACUCAAUCAAAGUUAUGAGCAUAAUGUUCCCUGAGGGGAAGAAAGCAAGAAAGCUGGUACAUAGCUUUUUUAGAUUACUUCAUCCAUAUUACUGGUCUUAGUCAUUAGCAUAUCAUUCAUUAUCCUAUUCAAAACAGACAUUAAGCUUUAUCAAAAUGAAAUUCGAUAAUAUACUUUAUACUAUUGGUUGCAAAAAACUGUAACAGUAGGAUGCUGAUGAUGAUUUUAAAUAAGAAUGA